CUUUAGAAAAUGGCCUUAGUAAGUAUGUUGGUAAUGCCGGUGCGUGCAGUUUAUAGAAAAUAAAUAUUGUUAUCGUAACCUGUAAAGAAGUAAAUUAAAAUUUUCAUAAAAAUUCAAUUAUAACAUUAUCAGAAUGAAUCCUACAGAGCCUACGAGUACGGAAACGUUAAGUUCCAAAAUGAAAGAUGUUAUCGAUGUGUUGGCGAUGCAAAGGGAAAAGAGAAAUACUUUACAAAAAAGUAUUACUAUUGAUUAUACAAAAAGUAGUGAUAGUUUCACAGUUUCGAGAUUUAUAUUUGAAUGUGGUUUAAAAUUAGAAGCUCAUCCAUUAACAAUUGCCACAGCUGCCACUUUGUAUCAUAGGUUUAUAAAGGAAGCAGCCCCAGGAGGCUACGAUAACUAUUUGAUCGCUGCAACCUGCCUUUAUCUAGCAGGAAAAGUAAAGGAUGAUAACUUAAAAAUAAGGGAUGUAAUGAAUGUUUCAUAUAGUACACUUCACAGAGGAUCGCAACCUUUAGAAUUAGGAGAUCAAUACUGGAGCAUGAGAGACGCAAUUGUUCAAGCAGAGCUUUUAAUCAUGCGUAUGCUGAAAUUUCAAGUAACUCCUGUACAUCCGCACAAAUAUAUGUUACAUUAUCUAAGGUCUUUGCAAGCAUGGUUUGGGGAAGAAGAAUGGUCUAAAUAUCCUGUUGCAAAGACCAGUAUGGCACUUCUACAAGACUUUCAUCACUCGCCUGCUAUACUUGAUUAUCCACCGAAUUUAAUAGCCAUUGCUUGUAUUAAUUUAUCAUUACAGAUUUAUGGUGUAGUAGUACCAUUAAUGGACGAAUGUGAUCAGCAGCCAUGGUUUAAUGUGUUUUGUAAAGACCUAACAAGGGACAAGCUAUGGGAAAUAAUGGAAAAGGUCAUGGCUGCAUACGACGAGGAACCAGAAACUAGAGAUAACUGAUGCAUUUUAGUCUGUUUUUUCAAUGUAUAAAAUAUCCGUAUAGCUUGUAUAUUAAUACAGACCUAACACUUUCUUAUAAAAACUGAUAUUGACAAAGUACAAAAAUAAAUCAAGAUCACCAUUCAAAUAUAAUAUUUUCAAGUCUGUGUUGUACAAUUUUUUAUAUCAUUGAUCUCUUUCAUAAAUUAAUAAACAAUAUAAUCAAGGGAA